AUCACUAAGGUGCCCUUUGAACGCAUCGGGAUGGACCUUGUGGGGCCGCUGCCGAAGUCUGCCUGGAGCCAUGAACACAUCCUGGUGGUUGUCGACUAUGCCACCCAUUAUCCAGAAGCAGUUCCCAUAAGGCCAUAAUGAAGGAGCUGUUUCUGUUGUUUAGCCAAGUUGGCAUUCCCAAGGAGAUCUUGAGGUGAGAAUACCCCCUUCAUGUCCCAGCUAAUGGCUGACCUCUGCUGGCUACUGAGGGUGAGGCAGUUGAGGAACACAGUCUAUCAUGUCCAAAUUGACGGCUUAGUGGAACAGUUCAACCAGACACUGAAACAGAUGUUAAGGCGGGUGGCUGCUGGGACCUGAUGUUGCCAUACGUCCUGUUUGAGGUUUGGGAGGUCUCCCUGGUUUCACCCCCUUCAAGCUCCUCUUUGGCCAGCAACCCCGUGGCCUCCUGGACAUCGCCAAGGAAGCCUGGGAGCAGCAGCCGGCAGCCUAUUGAACUGUCGUUGAGCAUGCCAGAAAGAUGAGGGAGCAGAUAGACCGGGUUAUGCCACUAGUUCGGGAGCACUUUAGCAAGGUACAGCAGACCCAACAAUUCUACUACAACAGGGCAGCCCAACCACGGGAGUUCCAACCUGGAGAUCAGGUCAUGAUCCUCAAAACUGGAUGGUACCAUCUGCUUCUGCAAUGACUUCCGUCGUCUUAACGAGCUCUCAGACUUUGACGGAUACCCCAUGCCCCGGGUGGACAAACACUUGGAUCAACUGGGAUGGGCCUGUGGCCCCUGGCAAUACUGGACCCUUCUCUUCAGCCUACACGGGGCACACACCACGUUCAUGAUGGACAUCGUCUUGUGGCCCCAUCAGGCCUAUGCAGCUGCCUACCUCGAUGACAUGGUUGUCCAUUCCGAGACGUGGGAGGACCAUCUGGAGUGUCUGCAGAGGGUGCUUUCAGAACUUCGGAGGGCUGGGCUCACCGCCAACCCCGCAAAUGCCAUCUUGCGCUUUCGGAAGCGAAGUACCUGGAUUACCAGGUUGGUAAAAAAGAAUGUGGAAGCGGUCCAGAAGGCCCAGAGGCCCCUUUUCAAGACCCAGGUAAGAGCUUUCUUGGGGUUGGCGGGGUAUUAUCGGUAUUACUUCUUCUCUUUAGCCGCCUCCCUGACAGAUCUGACUAGGAAGGGGCAGCCGAAGAAAGGUGAAUUGGACGCCAGCAGUGGAGAAAGCCUUUUAAAGGGUGAAAUAGGCUAUAAAUCAGUCGCUUCCUAUAACCAUCUAUUACACCUCUCACCCGGAAUUUUGGACCACUUUUCCUUCACAAACUGCUCCAGGUCUCUCAUAUUGAAAGGGCACCUUUUCCCAACAGCAAUUUUAAGAUUCCUCCACAGGUGUUCAAUGGGAUUUAGAUCUGGACUCAUUGCUAGCCACUUCAGAACUCUCCAGCGCUUUGUUGCCAUCCAUUUUUGGGUGCUUUUUGAAGUAUGUUUGGGGUCAUUGUCCUGCUGGAAGAACCAAGAUCUUGGAUGCAAAAAUCUUUCUGACACUGGGCCCUACAUUACAAUCCAAAAUCCUUUGGUAAUCCUCAGAUAUCAUGAUGCCUUGCACACAGUCAAGACACCCAGUGCCAGAGGCAGCCAAACAACCCCAAAACAUCUUUGAACCGCCACCAUAUUUGACUGUAGGUGUUCUUUUCUUCGUAGGCCUCAUUCUGUUUUUCGGUAAACAGUAGAAUGAUGUGCUUUACGAAAAAGCUCUAUCUUGGUCUCAUCUGUCCACAACACAUUUUCCUUAAAGGAUUUUGGCUUACUCAAGUACAUUUUGGCAAAGUCUGUAGUCUUGCUUUUUUAUGUCCCUGUGUCAGCAAUGGGGUCCUCUCGGGUCUCCUGCCAUAAUGUUUCAUUUCAUUUAAAUGUUGACGGAUUGUUUGCGCUGACACUGAUGCACCCUAAACCUGCAGGAAAGCUUGAAUUUCUGCUUCUUGUCUGCUUAUCCACCAUGCGGACUAUCCUGCACUGCAACCUUUCAUCUAUUUUUCUCUUGUGUCCAUGCCCGGGGAGAUUAGCUACAGUGCCAUUGGUUGCAAUAUACUUAUAUUGCCCCAAGUGAGUUUAAAGGAGCAUUGCAUGCUUGAAACAAUCUUAUUUAUCCACAAUUUUGAAAGGGUGCCAAUAAUUUUGUCCAGCCCUUUUUUGGAAUGAAUUUGGAAUGAAUCAGGUCUAAUCAGGAUGUGUUUCCUCUGGUUAUUUAACCCAUGUGGCCCCCUGUUAAGCUUUAAAACAGCCACUGAAUUGAAGCCAUUAACACGUGUCUACUCACAGAUACACAUUCAUAAAAACAUCAGAUUAUCAUUGUGUGAUCAACAAAACCAUUGUCUAAAAAUAACCCAUUUACAGAUGGUAGAGUUUAUUGUUUUAAUAAAGGGGGAGAAAAUUGUUAUUUAGAUUUUUUUUCUGCCUACCAGUUGAAAUCCAGUAUGAAAUAAAGGCAACAUGUAAAUACCGUUGUAUAAGAAAACUAUAUAUAUAUAUCUGAAAUCAUCACUGCACCAAGUCUUUAUUUC